GUGACAGGCUUUCUGGGAGGGCCCCCAGCCUCCUGCCGCCCUCUCCUGUGCCCACACCAUCCGAGGCACUGCCCCCUGGCCUGGACGGGCAAGCGAGAGGGUGCCAGCCAAGCAGUUCUGGGCUGCCCUGCGCCUGAGCCACCAGCCCCUCCUCCGUCUCCUUCUGCCGACCCCCCUUCCCUCCUCCUCUCCGGGCACACCUCCCAGCCUCCUGGGUGAAGUUUGAUCCCCACCUGCUGGCCCAGCCCCUCCCUGUGCUUCCCUAGUGGAAGUCAAGAGGUGGGGCACAGCUGUCGAAUCCCCAAACCCAUUCUCUCUCCAGUCGGCCAGACCUUUCAAUGCGCUACCGAAUCGGACUCUGGCGUUUGCCCCCUGCCUCUUUUCAAACAGCCCUUGAGUUUUAGGGAGGCGCCUGGAGAAAGCGGGGACUCCCAAGCAGAGUCCUUGCGGCCAGAGCCGAGCCAGCCUCCCCGGGACUGCCCAGCGGCCCCUGCCCUCACCUGGUGUCAGAGGGACCGCUCAGCACUCCCCACGAACCCCCCAAACAAUGCAGCCCGCCAUUUCUAUCCCAAGUCACCUCUGGAACCCAAAUGGAGCGGCUCCCAGGGGCACUUUAAAGACUGCCGUCCUUCGAGCAAGAAUUGUAAGCUCUGGAAUCCAGGUGGCAGGUGGAGGGUACCUUCUGGAGCCUGAACUCGAUAGACUUGAAUGUGUCACACCCAGGAAACUAACGGUUAAAUCAACUCUCUGCCCUGACCCACGGCGACUCCGGCUCUGACUGCGCGGGGUGGGCGGCAGGGAGGAGGCACCGUCCCUGAUCCUGCCCUGGACUUGAGCCCCUGCACGUCAGGGGGCCAGGGCCCUGAGACACCUCGCCUGCCUCAAACCCUUUGUUUAACAGAGGGGGAAACUGAGGCCCCACGGGGACCAGGUGCACAGGGCAAGCGUGGGCCUUCCCUCACGCAGCAGCCCGAGGUGGCGGGCAGUGAGCCGCGGGCUUCCCAGAUUCACUCACGGCCCAAGUUUCAGGUUUCAGCAUCGAUCAGCAGAACAGAUAACUUGAAUGCUCUGUUUCUCCCCAAAUCCAUCCAGAACCCACUGACAAAUCUCGGGAGACUCCUCGUGAAAGAGGUCGUGAGUCUUCCGUCACGGGAUUUCCAUUAAACGAAGGCAGGUGAUGAUAGAACGCUUCGCCCUGAACCUGAGUCCCCAGCACGGGAGCAGGGCCGGCGGGGGUCUGUGCGGUCCCCAGGCCUUGCCCGCCAGGCCGGCCACCAUUAAAUCAGGAUUAGGAAGAAACGGUGGUAGCUGAGUCUCUUCAGCAAGAUGAGGCCACCGGCCAGGCUCGGGUCACUGGCUUGCAGGGGAGGAGGGGCGUUUGGCCUGUUAGCUGGCAGAUAUGCAGAUGGCCUGCCCCUGGACGGAGUCCCCUAAUUCCAGCUCGUUAGGUGACCAGCGCAGUGUGGGCAGCAGGCACCAGGGCUCGGAAGGCGACUGUGCGGGGACGGGCCUGCAGCCUUCUGUUGGGUUUGUUCCCUCUUUUCUUUCUUUCCUUUUUCGUGGGCUGCCCUUGCCUGCUGUCCUCAGCAGGGGCUUGCAGGCAGGGCAGUAUGGUUCUGGAGGAAGGAGGCUGGGGGGGUCCCGCUCUCCAUGGACAAGUGGAGCCUCCCCUUGCGAGCUGCUGCCCAGGAGUGAGGACGGAGAGGGACUCAGGGGCAGCAGGCGCAGACCCCUGCUUUGGGUGGAGAACACGCUGCCCCCCCCGAGCUGUGGGUUCUGUGAAGUGGACACUGUCAUCUCCCCAUUUUACAGGCGAGGAGCACCUUGGCAUCCUCCCAGUGGAGAUGAAAUGUGCCUCGGGAUUGAGGUCCAGCCCUACUCUGGGGACGCCAUGUACCCCCGAACCUCAGCUAUCCCAUCCUUCCCUGAGCCCUGCCGGGGACCAGGCCCGGCCAGGCCAGGGUGCCCCGUCGCCCCACUGGGGAUGCUGACCCCUCUCCUGCUGCGGCGCCGGGGGCUGCCCAGAAGUGAGGAUGACCUGCCUCACCCCUGGGUCCUUCCAGCUGUCGGGCCCUGGCCUGAUGCCCACCCUCCUUCCCCACCCCCCGAGCAGGACAGUUCUCGGGCCAGAGAUAGACGGAGCCACAGGCCACAGGUAGGGCUGGAGUUCAGAGCUGGCAGUGGCCUGAGGACCUGUCUGUGGUCAGGAGAUGCGCCCCAGAUCUGCCACAGGGCCAGCAGACACUCCAGGCUCUGGGGCCACCCAGCAGAGCUGCUGGAAGGGGGAGGGACGGGUGGGGCAAAGGAGAGGGCAGGACGGGGGCACAAGGGCCUCACCUACCCCCAGAUCUCCCAACUCAAGCGUCCACAUGGUACCAGCCCUGUGUGAAAACCCGAUUCAAACUGGGUUAAUCCAGCAGGAGUUUAUCAUCUACGAGGCUUCCAAAUCCAGGCCUGGCUGGAUCCGGGUCCCAAGAAAGUCCCAGGCUGACCCUGGGGCAGGGCAAUGGCGGCUCCAGCCAAACUCGCACGGGAGAGGAGAGGGGCGUGGCACCAGGAGGGCAUCCACACCAUCCUCUCGCUGCCCUGCCGGGAGCUGGGAGCCAGGCUGAGGGGUCCGAGUCCUCGCUGGCAGGUGUGUGCCCACCAUGGGGCCCAGACAGCUGCGGCGCUUCUCUCCUCCUCAGAUCAGGUGAACGAGGUCCCUGCAAAGGCCUGGCCUACCCGCUGGGCCAUGCCUGCGCCUCUCGGGGGAGCGGGCGGGCAGCGGCAGGAGGAAGGGGCACAGGGGUGGGGACGCUGGGAGGGACACGCGUGGGCGCCUGCUGGGCGCUCACGGUGCCACCUCCACCCAGCCUGAGUAUCCACUAGGUCCCGCCUUCCCGCUCAGAACUGUCCCGCUUUAGAUGAGAAACAAACUGGACACUUUGUAUCAUCUCAUUUUUUCUUAAGUUUUGAUUUUUUUAAAAUAAGAUUAUAAAAGCAAUAUGUUACUAUAGGAACAUGAACAGAAAAGUUUACAAAGGAGCCACACGGGUCACUCAGAGCCUGACCACUGUUAGUAUCUGGACGCAUUUCCUUUCACCCCUCUUUCCACAUGGAGAUAAAUGUUUUAACACAGUCUGGACUGGACUGUCUGUCUAGUGUGGUACUGGGGUUUUUUUAGUGUUGAUUCUCUCAUUUAAGCCCUGAGAGUGUUACAAGCCCUGUCUGCAUAUGAGGAGGCUGCCUGGAGUCAGCGUAUGUCCUGGUGGCCCAUGUCAGCUGCAGGCGGUCCACAGCGGGGCCAGGCCCAGAGACCUGCAGCUGGACCCAACGGCAGGGCAUUUGAGCUGCUGCCCAGUGAGCCCCAGAGCCUGUGCCCAAGACGGUGUCCUCCCCCUGCCACAGGGGAGGCACCACUGGGUGAGCUGAGCCAGGGAGAUAAGGCUCCACCCGGGCCAUGGCCCGACAGAAGGGCCGGCGCCAGCCCCAGGUCCAGACCCGAGCACAGCCAGGGUUGUCACCUGAGCGGGGCAGGCAAGGAGCUAUUAGGGCUGUAGGUCCAUCCGGGGCCACUCUGUGGAAGCCUCCCCUGCCAGUCAUGGGGGACGCGAGGCUGGGUCCCGGGGCCCCUGGGCUUUGGGGCUGCAAGGCUGCACCUCACACCCCCAGCUUCUGCCACAGCAGCCUUGCUUCACCUGCUUCGUAAACUAGACGUUCAUGGACCAUUUUGUUUGAAGAAGGAACGGCUGCUAAAGAGAUAACAAUAACAGUCUGGACGGGGUGCUCUUGUGUCUCGUUCCCAGGGGGGCAUCCCCUCAGGACCUAACAGAUCUCCAGGCAGAACCUCUGCGGUCAGAUGAUGUGGGCCAACCUUGGGUUAUAGAAAUGACAGAAGCCUCCCUAAGCCUGUCCUCGAGGCUGCAAACAUCCUGGUCUCCUGAGCUUGGUUAGCGAGGGGUCCCUGACUUGGGGGCCAGGCACAGGGACCGUGUGCCCUGGAGCCCACUCUGAGCUGAGCUGUGAGUGCUGGCGACCCCUCGGCCCGAGCAGCACAGAUCUGAGCCGUGCUGCCCUCCGAGGAGCGUGGGGUCCCAGCCUCCGCCCCCUCCCUGGUGACCCUGGUGGGCAGGGGGCCCCGCAGGCCCACAGGGCUCCAGGCCAGGCGCCCUGCAGCAGUGCAUCCUGGAGCAGCUGCUGCGUGGCCUCGCAUGGCAGGCAUCUCCAGCCGGAACACACAGGUACGAACCGUCCCGGUGCUGGGGGCCCCCGCGAUCACAGCACCCCCAGCGUGGUCGCGCACAGCCUCCUGCACCUGAGCCUCUCGACAGCUCUGAGAUGUCCACUCUCCCCGUCUUACAGACCUGACCCUGCGGCUCGGAGGGGAUAGAAGGGCCCAGGCUCCGCCCGUGCCAGUCCAGAGCGAAGGGUCCCAAAGGCAGAGGGGGGACCCUCCGAUCUGCCACACCCAACAGAAAGCACACAGCCGGCUCCCGGCAGCUGGGUAUUGAACCAGGAAGCUUUAUUUACACAGUAAAAGUAACAAGCAAAUUCCUGAGAGACUAGAGCGGCUCUAGUGCAAGACAGUCGCGGCCCGUGCGGAGGACAGGCUGCGGUGGGUGGAGGUGGGGGACAGACCCAGCGCCUCUGCACCCAGCGCUUCGCCCCGGGUAGGGGCGUGGCCCAACACUGCCCGUCCUGGCCGCCACACUUCCUGAGGCUCCCCAGUGCCCACGAGGUACAGCUGGGAAAGCGCACACGGCCCGAGAAACCGCCGACUCGCCGUCCCCGCGCCCCGGGGCAUCGCCCACCCCCGCACUGAAACACAAUUUCUUUGCCAAAGAGACUAUGCUAGAAGGUCAGACUAUCCUACCUAGGCUACAAGAUCUCCGCUGCGGUCUGGGAUUUCUUUUUUUUUUUUUUUAAUCUUUUUCUCUUUCAAGAGGAAUGGUUUUUUCUGGCACCAAUGGGAGGGGUCGGGCCAACUGUGUGGCCGUGGCAAGACGCGGCACAACUGCCUACACGGAGGCACCGCCCUGGCUGGGCUGCCGCCCCAGCGCCGGGGUGGGGGGGUACCGCUCGCGCCCCAGGCCGCGGGGCCUGAAGCGGUCAUCGUUCGGGUGACCGGCCCCGAGGCCAGAGCACACGCGACUUGAGCCUGCGGUGGGGCACCCAGGGCUUGCGCUGAGGGCCCCGGCAGUGCCAGCCAGAGCGCGGAAACGAACACGCCAACCCUGCCUGGAGACCCAUUUGGAUGUUGGGUUUGUUUAUUUUUCUAAGGUGGACUUCUCCUUUAUUUAAAUUUUCUUUCCGCGUACAAAUUCACAAGACUUUCCUGCUACAAAAAUUUUGCUGAAAAGUAAGGCUUUCUGAGAAUGAAAAUUCAUAUGCAUGAUCAGAACAAGCUCUCCUGUGGCCUGGAUGUCGUGUCUGCCUGUGGGCCCUGGGCUGGACCCCGGCCUCCACCGUAAGGCAAGAGGGUUUGCAGUAAUGUAAACGGCGAGGCUGUGGCCCUGGCCCCCGGCCCGGCCCUCACAGGCAGCAGCCCGUUAGUCCAGCGGCUCUAGCAGGCGCUCCCUCUGGAGUGAGCAGGGAUGCCCCGGGACAGGAAGCCCCCCCUCCCCACCCACGACCCCGUUCUAGUCCUUCAGGGCCCCCGGGGCCGGCGGACGGCCUGGCACCGCCCUCCCUCCCGGCUCUGAACUUCCUCAGAGGCAGGAGUUCAUGGGCUGCAAGAGGCAGGGCCCCAGCAGAAGUGAGGCUUGCGGGGAGCCCACCAGGCCGCCUGCUGUCCCCAGGGGCAGCCCGCUUGGGUCAGAGGCAGCCUCCCUCCAAGACCAAAUUCCCGGUGCCAGAGGAGCAGAGCACAGAUGGCCUCUGGCGGUGUGGCAGCACCUUCUAGACGAGGUCUGCUGCCUUCAAUUAAGACCGACAUGAAGCCACCGGAAGGCCGUCUCUUUCUCUGAGAGGGGUCACUGGCCAUCCCCUCCCCUCCCUGCUGCUGUCGUGGGCUUUGGCGAGGAGCUUCGGUUGGGGCAGAACAGCCAAGAGAGGCCUGAGGUGGCUGGAAAGGGCCAAACCCUGCCUUGGGCUGGGAUCCCUUCUGCCUUUUGGGUUGACAGGACCAGCCUGCGGGGAGGUGGGGACGAUGGGGCCACUGCUUGUCCUUCCCUGCCACCAGGCCUGGGAAGGGGGGGAAGUGACUGGCAGGGUCCAAGGGCGUCACCUGCGCCACAGGCCCGUGACACCCACCCACCGCCAUGUGCCCUCCCUCCCGGCCCCGAGGAGAGGCCCAUCCUGGCUGAGUCUCGCCCCUGUCGGUGGGUGAGGGAGGCGGGAUCCUGCUUGUCCUUCCCCGGGAAGGACUGCUGUCCUGCAUGCGCCCCCUAUGGCCACUCUUGGUGCGGCCAGGUGGCAACACCUCCCACCCCAGGCUUUCUGAGGCCGAGGGGCGCCAGCAUGUACUCUGUGAAUUCAUACGCUGGUCGCUGGAUGCCACCGAACAGCUGCCCUAGCCUCCUCUGGAUCAGCUCUAAGACGACGGGCCGCCAAGCAGGGGUCAGGUGAGACGUCCUUCCCCACCAGAGCCGCCGGCUGCCUCGUCCGACUCCCCAGGGGAACGUGCCUUUGGAGGGACCUGCCCAGCGCCCGCACACCCGUUACGCUCUACAACCUGAGGCUUUCAGCACAAUCUUGGGGGGCCACGGAGUUGGGGUUUUCUGCAAGCAUCUUAUGGCUGACUUUUAAGAAAAGCCAAGUAUAAAUGAGAACUUGAGCCCCCUCGCUUCUGAUGUAAGAAAGUAAAGGUUUAAGUAAAGUUUCCCAAACAUUGUCUCUCUCCUCAGUGGAAAGAAAGUGAGAGCUACUUGUACUCGACCUGCAGCGGUGAGGCAUCCGCCGUGAACAGAUGAGCAGGGGCAAAGUGACUCCGAGAGAGUCUCCGUCGCGGCAGCGAGCUCCGGAGAACGCACAGAUGUGUUUAGCCUCACGGGAAAAAGAGCCACUCGCUCACAAGCCGACCCAACUGCUAUCGUCUGAGGAAGGCGCCAAGCUGCUAAAAGCCAGAUUCCAAGGCAGCGGAGCCCAGGGGGCAUGUGUGCAAGCGGGGCUGGAGAGGAGCUGUCUGGGAGGGAGACGUCGCGGGGUGGGGCUCCUCGGCAACCCCGGGGGGCGGGGGACGGGGGGGCCCGGAGCCGGGGAGGGUACGCGCGCGUCUCGCUCUAUGCCUGCGGCGGGGAGAGGCACUCGCCACCCUCUGCUCCCCGGCCCACCUGGCCCACCGACAACGAGCCUGCGCGUGAAGGCUGCGGGGCCCCAGAGCGGCCAGCAGACGCCCUCGGUCCUGAAACGAGCGCAGGGCCCGGGGCUGUGCGCCUGCACAGAAGUCCUGCUUCCUGAGGACGUUUUCAAGAGGUCGCCCUUUUACGGUGACAUCGCUCCACUCGCCUGACACUCCAUGACAGGUUGGUCACGGAGAGUGGCUGCCAGCUGCCGACCCUGCCAGAGCGGCCCCCAGAGCGGCAGGAGCCCGGGCCAGGCCGUCCACGCCGCAGGAGGGGCUCGUGGCUCUGCCUUUGCGGCCAACAGAGCCACCAAACGUCUCCCCAGCUAGACGGCCUCUAACGAGCGCCCCGAGUUGUUCCCUGGACCCUGAGAGUCCAGAUGUGGAGGCCGCCCGGCAGCCCAGGGCUGCUGUGCCCCGCACUUGGCAUUAAGGCUAAACGGUUCUGGUGUCACCACGGAAGGAAGCGUCUCCCGACCCCGCCCAGGCCCCAGGUGGGAGGCCUGGGAGAGAAGGCACGGAAUACGACUGAGGGAGGGAGGGCGCUGUGGGCCAGCUCCCCCCCACUGAACCUGAGCAGGAGGCCGAGAAGGGCCGUGACCCCAGAGGAGGGACCCGAGCCCGGGCGGAAGCACACAGAGCGGGCCAGCCCUGCUGCAGCGCCACGGGACUGCCCAGCGGGGACGGUGGGACGCUUGCGCCGACAUCCCACAGGAAAGAGGGGGAAGGAGACCGAAACCAAGAAGCUUCUCUCCCGGCCGUGGUAGCUCCACGGAGCGUGGGUGCGGUGCUGGUGAAAGGCUGAGACCCUGCACCGCGGGCCCGGCCAGGCGCCCGGCGGGAGAGGGGUGGGGGGAGAGGUGGCGGGAGGCCUAUGGAUUCUAGCGCACCCCCUGCCCUGCCCGCCCCGCGGCCAGCCGGGGCCUCUCAGUUGUUCUCUAUCUGCUCAAUGUCCAGCUCGCCGUCCAGGGAGCAGGGGCUAUUGCAGACAGCCCCGUGGUCCCGCCAGGCCGUGCCCGGCUCCCCACGCCCACCACAGCCCUCGCCGAGGGCGCAGCCACCCGCCUCCUCGCAGCACGGCUCCUCCUGGCAGGCGGGGUGGUCGUCCAGGGACGGGGGCAGAGGCUCGGGGAUCGGGGUCCCGGCGGGGGUCCUGCCCCCCGUGCCGGAGGCCGAGAGCAAGGCGGUCCAGGACCUGGUGCUGCUGACGUGGAGGGCGAAGGGGCUGUGAGGGCCACGGUCCUCCGUCCCCGCGCUCAGGCAGCUGAGGCUGCUGAAGGUCUGACAGUUCUGUGGGGGAGACAGACACACACGUCACUCAGGGUCACGUUCCUGGAACCGAAGGCCCGCACGCCCCAGCCAGCCAGGCCCAGGCCCCUGGGGCUAUCUAUCUGCUGGUGGGCCCGCCGGGCAGCAGCAGACCACCCAAGUCCCGGCCGCUUCCCCGACCUGGACAAGGACAAGGAUAACGUAUGAAGAAAUACCCCUGGCCGGUGAACACCAUGUUAAUAAAGAAAAAGUGAGGUGCAGUUAUUCAUCUGCAAAUUGGCAAAGAGGACGAGCUUGCUAACAACCAGUUCUGGGGGCACUGCGGUGGGGUGGGGGGAGCAGGGGCAUGCCCAGAGCCCUUCACACACAACCUUUCUGAAAACGGAUCUGAACACUUCAUCAGGCAAUUUCACUUCUAGAAUUUUUAUCUGACGAAAACAAUCCGGACGCAUGCAGAAAUUCAGUGACAUGAACAUUCCUUGUCACGCUGUUAAAUUGAAAAGAAGAAAGUGACCCAGAUUCCCUGCGAUAAGGGUUCCAUAAAGCAUGUCUUUUCAGACAAGGGAAGCCUCUUUAGCCAUUAGAAGAACACGGCAGGAGUGGAUUUACUGACGCAAACGGAAACACCGCCAGGCCGCACUGCUGCACAAAGGGGGCACGGUGCCCAUGCCACCCUGUCGCCGUGAUAGGAGGGGACAUGGGCCAGGAGGGUUGGCUUGACAUCCACGUGGUGCACAUCAGAGCCACCCAGGGGGCCGGUUUCCACGUGAGCCCUGGGCUCCUGUGCUCUCAACAGGCACUCAGGUGACGGAUGCUGCAGCCCUGCUGGGGAAGGGGCCAGGCUCACAGCUGGGGGCCGCGGAGACACCCCUCAGCCUCCCUAGGCCUCAGCUGCCUCAUCUGUAAGAGGCGAGUGAUGGUCCCUGCCUGUCCCACAGGGCCCUUUGAGGCCCCGGUGAGAGAAUGUGGCUGCCCAGGGCUCUGCACCCGUAGGCUCUGCCUCUGCAAGGGGCCAGCCUGGAGGAGGCAGCCUAGGGCCUGCCCGUGGCGGGCAGAGCUUGAACACGGCCCAAGGGCGCUUGGGGCCACCCACUCACAAAAGGGGGCAGGCCCGGCACAACGCACCCACGGGUUCAGGUACACAACAGCUCUCCCAGCUGAGCAGAGUCAGGACGGAGGGCUAUGCAGACGAGGGUGCCCACGGCCCAGCCCCACCGGUCCCCAACAGGACCAGCAGCAAUGCUGUGCCUUCUCGGGACGAGACAGGAGAGACGUGUGUCGAAGGCAGCAGGAGGGAGUCCGGGCUCUGGCUUCCUCCCUGCACACGCUGGGGACUUGGGGGCGUGGGGAGCACCACACGUCUGCCAAUGCCAAGGUCACAGGCCUGUCCUGAGGGCCCCCGUCCUUUCACAGGCGGCAGUGUCCGUAUGUCACUUUGAAAUAAAGGUGACCACCGGCUGUCACAGCGAGCAAGCCGCUGCACCAGGCUUGGCGGAUGGAAAACGAAAGGCACCCUCUCUAGAGGGAAGUGGCCGGACCUGCCGCGCGCGCUCACCGUCCCCGCCGGCGCCACGGCGGAAACCGCUCUGAUGGGUUUGCUCGUUUUGGAAUCCUUCGAUUAACUGAGAAAGGGACGCUGGGGUACUGGCGGAUUGGGGGGCUCUGGGAUUGAGGAAAGAAGGGCUGGGCCACCAAUCAGACCUGAGAUGCUGGCCCAGGUCAUGGUGGGAGCCAGACUGGGGACCCUCGCGGUGCCCCUCCUGGGCCACGUGGGGCUCGCUGAGGCCCCAGGCCUCACAGGGCAUGUUCCCUCCGCUGCCACAGCAGAGGGCCGGACGCAGGUCCUCGUGCAAAAUGGCCCCCAAGAGCCUCCGUGUCCUCAGGUCAGAACACAAACCUAACGCUGUGUGUGGGCAGAGGCCCCAGAUGCCUGCACCGGGAGGGUCCCUGGGCCCCCUUCUGCCUCCCAGCCACUCUCCUGACUGGCCUAGACCUGAGCCAGGACGAAAGGAGAACUGGGUAGAGAGACAAGGAAGAGGGAGGAUGGCUCAGCCCGGGCCUACAGAAGCAGCGGUGUGUAAGGAAUUUCCGCGAAUGGCAGUAUGACCCGUUACAAAUAAUAACGCCCAGCGUAAACCCAACGUGCUGUGAAUGGGUCACAGGGGAUGCCGAGACCCUGAUGCCCUCAGCCCCACGAACAUGCGUUAACUAAGGUGCAGGCGGGUGCCUGACUUCACGGCAAACGUGACGGCGUGUGUCUGGGCACUAGUCAUGUUAAACUGCAGCCAGCCAGCAGCAGGGUGCUGGGGACCCCAGCUUGCGGGAACCUUUCAGAGACGCUGCUUUUGCCUCAAGCAUGCCCUGGCGAGGGCUGAGGUCAGAGAGGCUGUUACAGUCCUGGGUUCCGCCACACACAGGCCUGAUGGCUUCAGACAAGACCUUCCAACCUCUGGGCCUUGGCCCACCUGACAAAUAAGGGCUGGGCGAAGGGCACCCGGGCGACCCCCGUUCUGAAAGUCUGGAAUAACUGGGUCCUUUUUGCUUUGCAGCAGGGCAAGAAGCUGCAAGGUUUGGUUGGUGAAUGUUUGUCACAAGCAAACCCCAGGAUGCCACUGAACCCCACCCUCUGACAGUCCUCAAAGGCACCUACCCCUUGGCUACAAAGCCAGUGUCACGUUGAAAACGUUGUUGACUCAAAACUCAGCUGUUUCAGCCACAGUGAAAACCUGCUGAAUGUCCCAGCCGGUGGCACGCCCCACCUGCCGGGGAGGAAUGUGACCUGCACAAAGGGGCAGUGUGUGUGUCCUGCCCAGGCUCCAUCCCAGGAGGGCCCAUCCUGUGUUGGCAUCCAGGGAGCGGCCCUGGGGGCAGGGUCCCGCCCAGCCUCUCCUGGCGGCUCGCGCUCCCCAAAGCCCAGCUCCCAUGCAAGAAUGCUGCACAGGCCUGUUGGAGGCCUGGAGGCCUGUGUGCCCUCAAAAACGUCUGGGCAAAGCUGCAAAGCUUCGAACAAGUUCAAAGCACUGUGUGAACAUCUUUCCAGGGUGAGAUGGCUGCUUUGGGACAGACAGUCCCCCCUAUGCCAGAACCGGCCCUGGCCCAGGGAUGGGCCGCCUACUUGGGCACGAGCCUGACCAGGUAGCAAAUCUCAGGACCAUCCAUUGGCCUCAGGCUAGUGGCUGGAGACACUGCUCAGCACCCCAGUCCUAGAGUCUGGAGCGACUUUGGAAUGGAGCCCCUGAAAGUCAAGUUGCUUCCAUCAGAACUGCCAGGCCUCAGGUACAGGCAGCAGUGUCUCAGCCCACCCACCCAGCCUCCCCAAGUCAGAAGCAAUGGCCCCUUCUCUGCACAGCCCUUCUGUGCAGAUAUCUGCUCCCAUCCCCUCCUUCUGGGUGGCAGGCCCCUGGCCAGGCCCUGGGUUCAGCCCCGCUGGAACUCUGUGCAGCCGUCAUUGCAGACAGAGGCCCACCAGACCCGGGUAGUGAGAGCACCCCGAGGGCCGGGCCCGGCUGCCGUCCACACCCGCCGUCCACACCCAGCCCCAAGCGCCCACACUGUGAAGAGGCCGAGGAGGACGCAGCCCCUCGCCAGCUGAGGGCACCUCUGCCUUGAGCUGCAAUCUGAAAACCAAAUCCCCCCUCGGGAACCUCACAUUAACUUAACGGACUCGGCCCCGUCCUUCUGUGCACGCCAGCCACCACCCACCCUGCCGAGCCUUGGGCCAUGAGCUCCGUCCCCUCCCCAAGUGCCAGCCUGGAGCAGGCAGCCCAGGGCCAAGGGCAAGGCAGACUGGGGUGCCGUGGCCGAGAGCAGGCAGCGGCAGCCCCCUUUCUCCUGGUCGUCUUGCCCUCAGGAGGACAGGCUGUUUUCCUCACUCCCGUCUCCCUGGGCCCCAUCCUGCCCUUGAACCGGGAAGGCCUCGGGAGCGUGGUGCGCAUGGCCCAGGGGAGGAGCGCGGGACGCAGGGUCUGGGGUCGGAGGAACUCGCCCAAGACUGGCUCCUCCACUGACAAGAGUCGCCUCAUUUGGGAAAUGAACAGUCGUCACUGGCCUGGCUGCCUCCCUGGGCCAUUGCAAGGGUCCCACGAGAAAAUGGAUGUGAAGCGGGGCUGCUGGGGCCCCACCCGUGGAAGCCCGUUCCCCAGCGCCUGGCACAGCUCCCCUGCCCCUUCCUCCCGGGGCAACCCACAGCCAGGGACUGGCCGAUACGGGUUCUGGAGCUGACCUGGGCCUGGGGGGUCAAAUCCCAGGUGCUCUUCACACUGCUGGGCCCCCCUGGGUUAGGCUGAGGGCUCCUUCCCUGGCCUGUCUGCUCCCUCACUUCCUACAGGUUUCUCCCAAGGGCCUCCUAAUCUCUGGGACCCGAUUCCCGGCUGAAGCUCUGCUUCCAAGGAACCGACCUAAGACGGGAGGUGAAAGCGCUCUGUGUCAACUGCUCAUCGGUACUGCUGUUCCUUCCUUCAGAACAGGAACGCCAGGUGCCGCUCAGAGGCUGACCGUCCGAUCCCGUCAGGAGUCCACCUGUCAGGACCAGCCUGCCUUGCGUUUACUGGGGAUCAGUGGUUGCUGGGGACCUCUCCUUGCUCAGCCCGGGGCCUCAUCGUCGUGCCCACAUGAAACUUCCUCUCAGCAUCGUGCUGGGACAGAACACGUCUCCCCAAGGCACACGUGUGCUUGCCCUUCUCAGACAAGAGGUGUGACAGAGUCCCCCAGCUCCCCUCCUCUGGCACCAUCCUUCGAGGCUGGCUCAUUCGCUUCUCCUCUUUCUAAUGCUGUCUCCCUCUUUGUAAUCCAAUUCAUGGAUCUCUCUGUGUUACUGAUUUUUAGGGAACCACCUCAGAUCCCUCUAGAAAGAGGGGCAUAAACAAGCCCAACCAGCCAGGGAGAAUGAGCAGACCGGGUCCGCGCCUGGCCCAGGCUCCUGGAGCCUUGCAGCCACUCUGCUGCAAGCUGCUGGGCUAGGGCCCUGGCUAAGCGGAGGCAUUUCCUCCCCCAAGCAGACACUUUCAUGAGAGCAGAAUUCUCCAAGUAUCAAGAAAACGCCAGGCCAUGAGAGUGGCGAGGGGCCUGGAAAUUUUCUAAGCCUCACUUGUGCUGGAAGCCGGCACAGAGACAACCAGGGCGGUGAGGUAUGUGGUUUCCUGGGGUGGCGGUUUUGUUUUGUUUUUUAAACUAUCUCAGGAAAGAGAAAAAGGCACCGGCUUAUUUGGGGCCUAUCUUUAAUCCAUCUUUGGUAAAUCGGAGUUUCCCAUGAAGGCUGGACUGUCUCUCAUAGGAAGCCCCAGAGCCCAAGGGGUCAGGCGGUGGGCUGCCCCGGCUCGGAGCUGCGGGUCUGGUGGCGGGUGUCAGGCAGGUGCUGGAGGUGGCCGAGGGUAGCGGGCACAGCUGGCCCCUCGCUCCCGGCAUCCCAUCACCGUGCUCAGGCCCCGCCCAGCUCCACUUCCUGCUCACUCGGCUCUGUGUCGGGCCCAGCCCGUUUCUGUGACAUGCUCAUUACCUUUGGACCCCACACGAUGCAGCCCUUUUAAGCCUGGACUGCUUCCCUACCUCAGGAAGAAGGGCAACGCCGGCCACUUACAACCCAGAUAGGGAAGCUGGGUCGCCGGGGCCUGAAAGCAGAAAAUGAAGUUGCCUGAAGGGAGGAGCCUCUGGGGCCCAGGGAGCACCUCGGACUUGGCACUGGACACUUGAGCUUCUUCCCAGAUCACAAGUUCUAGAAUCAAACAGCCAGGGGAGGGCAGGACGUAUCUGAGGGGUGGAAGGAUGGCCCUGGCAGUUACUAGGAAGCCCCUGCCUUCCUGGGCCUUUUCCCUCAGCUCACUGCUGCAGAGGCCACAACUGUUUCCUGAGCACCCGUCACCUGGCAGGCGUCUCCUCAUCCACUAGACCCCUGCAGGACCGUCAUCCCCUGCAGAAGCAAGCCUGAGCCCAGGUGUCCCCUGCUGGUCCCCUGCGGCCCCGACCCCGCACCCCACCGCCUGGCUCAGGGGCCGGCUCACAGAGGGUGCUAGUGCAACCCGGUGGGGUGGGAAGGAAGGACCCGCUGGGUUAGCUCCGGGAGCUGGACUGUGUGUCCGCACAGCCCUAAGGUCCUGGGACGCUGUGGGCAUGUGCUCUGAAUGGUGGCCAACCCCGUGGUCUGGAGCCCCCCCUCUGCCCAGGCCACAUUGUGGCAAACGCUGUUUCUGCACCAGGCCCCGGGUGGCAGAUGGCCCGUCUGGACACAGAAGGUGCGGAAGCCGAUGAAUGGCAAGGGGCCUCCCGGCAAGCUCACAGUUAGAAAACAAACAUUUUCUUUCUGCAGCGUGCAUCCUGGCCAGCACACACUCAGGGCAGGGCUUGUAAGAACACCUCGCUCUCAGCUUGCCGUGGAGGGAAUUCUCUGCCUGACAGAAGUCGAGGGACCUUUCCAAAGCACACAGGGCGCUGGCGGGGGGACCAAGGCUAACGCACUGCCGGGACGCAUGGGGACCCUGGGGGCGGCUUCUGCACCAGGACUGGGGGCACUGAAGGUGGCUCCAAGGCCCCAGAGGGGACGGCGGGCCCUGGGUUUUGUUCAGCUGGCUGGAGCUGGGUGCUCCAAGGGCCAUGUCAAGGCACAGGGAGACAGGACUGCAGAGUAUUGGGACCCUCUCAGCCCAGCCCUCCAUUCUCUGUUCAGAUAUUGGCUUCCAGAGAAAGGGCAUGCUUUUUGGGAAAACGGGCAAAUCGCCAAUCAGUCUAACAGCCUUAUCUGCAAAUAGGCAGACGGAGGCCGAGAGAAGGGAGGAGACGUGCCCCAAAUCCCGCAGCUGGUUGACGUGCAACCAUUCCUCUUGACUUCUGGGUCAAGCUCAGGAGAACGUUCGAUCCUCAGGCAGGACAGCGGCCAGAAGAGGCUGGACAAGCCUGGGCUGGAAGCCUGGCCCUCUGGGGGCCCUGGGAAGUCCUGAAAUUUCUCAGCCUCAGUUUCUCAUUUGGACAAUGAGGCUAAUAUGAGCCCCAAAUGAAGUCACAGGAUUGUUUGGAGGGUUAAUUGCAUUGAGACCAUGUAGGAGGCCAAGGAGGCGCUUGGCUAACCUGAGCUCCCUCCUCCCCCUGCGCCCACCCCGCCGUGCUCAGGCUAAGGUGGGGGCCCGGGGCUCUCCGUGGCCAGCGCUGCACAGCCGAGGGGUCAGGGGCUCGGCUUUGGGAACAGAAUCUAUGCUCUAGAUGGUCAAACCCACUGUCCUUUUCAACCAAAACCUGCUUUCAAAGGAGCCAGAAGACAUGCCAGCAACACAAAAGGUGAAAUCUCUAGGAAUAAAAAUAUAAGAGAGAGAGAAAAGAGACAGGGAGAAAACCUUACAGAACACAAAUGUGGGCUUGAACAAAUAGAGAGACAUCCUGUCUGUGGACAGGAAGACUCAACCUCAAAAAGGUGUGAAUUCUCCCCAAGUUAAUUCAGAAGUCUAACACAAUCCCAAUCUACAACGUCUACAGCAGCCCUCCCCCAUCUCAAGACAAGCUGAUUCUCAAGUUUUCAUUGGAAAAAUAAACAGGUGAGAAUAAUCAGGAAGCCUCUGCGAAGAACAAUUAGGAGAGACUAGUCUUACCAGAUGCUAAAACAUACUACCAAGCCUCAAAAUUAGGAGUAUACUACUAUAUGAGGACACACAGAGACUAAUGAAAUAGAAGAGAACGUUCUGAAAUAGCCCCAGGUUAGCAUAUGAUAAAGGUGGAAUCUCAAAGCAGAGAGAAAAAGAUGGAAUUUUCAAUAGCUGGUAGGGAGACCAGUGGGUAGAUAUAUUAAAAAAGAAAAAAAGGGCUUCCCUGGUGGCGCAGUGGUGGAGAGUCCGCCUGCCGAUGCAGGGGACACGGGUUCGUGCCCCGGUCCGGGAAGAUUCCACAUGCCCCGGAGCGGCUGGGCCCGUGAGCCAUGGCCGCCGAACCUGCGUGUCCAGAGCCUGUGCUCCGCAACGGGAGAGAGGCCACAACAGUGAGAGGACCGCGUACCGCAAAAAAAAGAAAAAAACAUGUUGUCUCCAUAUUCAUACCACAUACAGGAUAAGCUCCACAUAGACCGAAUACUGCAACAUAAAACCAUAAAACACUAGGAUGAAACACAAAAUUCUUUAUAGCCUUUCUAAAAUCCAACAUUCAGAGCCAUAAAAGAAAGAAUUAAUAAAUUUGAUAAAAAAAUGUAUACACGUCAAAAAACGCUAAAAGCACUGGUGGGAUUGUAAAAUUGUGCAGUCGCUUUGGAGAACAGACUGGCAGUUUCUCAAAAUGUUAAACACAGAGUUACCACAGGACCCAGCAAUUCCACCCCUAGGUAUGUACCCAAGAGAAAUGAAAACACAUGCCCAUACAAAAACAUGCACAUCAACGUUCACAGCAGUAUUAUUCGUAAUAUCCAAAAAGAGGGAACAACCCAAAUGUCUACCAAUUAGCAAAUGGAUAAAUAAAAUGUGGCAGGAAUAUUUUUCGGCCAUAAAAAGGAAUGGAGGGACUUCCCUGGUGGCGCAGUGGUUAAGAAGCCUCCUGCCAAUGCAGGGGACACAGGUUCAAUUCCUGGUCCAGGAAGAUCCCACAUGCCGCGGAGCAACUGGGCCCGUGCGCCACAACUACUGAGCCUGAGCUCUAGAGCCCGUGAGCCACAACUACUGAGCCCGCGUGCCGCAACUACUGAGGCCCGUACGCCUAGAGCCCAUGCUCUGCAACAAGAGAAGCCACCGCAGUGAGAAGCACGCGUACUGCAAAGAAGGGUAGCCCCCGCUCGCCACAACUAAAGAAAGCCCACGCGCGGCAACAAAGACCCAAUGGCACCAAAAAUAUAAAAUAAAUUAAAAAAAAAAAAAAAAA